AUACAUUUUACAUAUGAAGAAAAGUGCAGGGGUCCAGUCAACCCGAAUGUGACGAAACCGGAAGUUACCAGAGGUGAACUCUCUCGCUUCACUUGUGGACGUUGUGCAGCUACAGCUGUUUCACGUUGCUCAUAUUCUGCGUAUCCACGAUUUACAUGCGAGCCAGUGAUGCAAACAAGCCCGCUGGAUAAUAAAGGAAUUACUGUGUGGCUACCUUUUGGAUAAAAAAGACCCACUGUCUCUCUUCGCCCACUAUGCGGAGGAUUAAUGACACCGAGGCCGUCCGCAUAGGUCGUAUAUAGGAGAUAUUUGAUGGAAGGUGGGACGAGGCAGAGGUUGUCAGGCUCUGGAGUCGGGACAUCAGCUGAGCUGGGGAGAAGAGGGCAACGCUAGCAAGCUAGCUUUCGUGACUGUAAUAGUUAUAACGGAACAGUGACUUUUAUCACCACACAUCCCGCUGGUUCGCUCAUCAUGGCUACGAAUGGUAACAAUUUAACGACAGGGAUGGGAGAAAUCAUCCAGUUAAACGUCGGUGGGACAAGGUUCAGCACCUCCAGACAGACCCUGAUGUGGAUCCCAGACUCUUUCUUCUCAAGUUUGCUGAGUGGAAGAAUAUCCACUCUACGGGAUGAAACUGGAGCUAUAUUUAUUGACAGAGACCCGACAGCUUUUGCACCAAUUUUGAAUUUCCUCCGAACCAAAGAAUUGGAUCUGCGGGGCGUCAACAUCAGCAUUCUGCGCCAUGAAGCUGAGUUUUAUGGGAUAACUCCUUUAGUACGGCGCCUGCUGCUGUGUGAGGAACUGGACCGCUCAUCAUGUGGUAGUGUCCUCUUUCAUGGUUACCUGCCACCGCCAGCCAUCCCUGCCCGUAAGUCAAACCCGGCCUCAACAGCAUCUGGCUCCUCCUCCGACGAGCGACCGGGUCCAAGUGGAGCAGAAGGUUUCACCCGUGUUGGUCCCCCUCUUCACCCGUCCCUCAAUGCCUCACCUGGAACAGAUGAUAAUCACAAACUGGGUCCUGUGGUUGACCCGAGGAAGGUGCUGAUUAUAGCAGGACAUCACAACUGGAUAGUAGCAGCUUACGCACACUUUGUCAUCUGCUACAGGAUAAAGGAAUCUUCUGGAUGGCAGCAGGUGUUUUCCUCUCCUUACCUUGACUGGACCAUUGAACGCAUCGCACUUAACGCCAAGGUAGUGGGUGGCCCGCAUGGAGACAAGGACAAGAUGGUGGCAGCCGCCUCAGAAAGCAGCAUCAUCCUCUGGAGCAUCCAAGAUGGGGGCAGUGGUAAUGAGAUAGGUGUGUUCAGUCUUGGCGUACCUGUGGAUGAUCUCUUCUUCAUCGGAAACCAGCUGGUAGCUACGAGCCACACGGGGAAGGUUGGGGUGUGGAAUGCUGUUACACAGCACUGGCAGGUUCAAGAUGUUGUUCCCAUAACCAGUUGUGACACAGCAGGAUCCUUCCUAUUACUGGGUUGCAACAAUGGCUCUAUCUACUACAUAGACAUGCAAAAGUUUCCACUGAGGAUGAAAGACAAUGAUCUUCUGGUGACAGAGCUUUAUCAUGACCCUUCAAAUGAUGCCAUCACUGCACUGUCUGUCUACCUCACACCUAAAACCAGUGUGAGUGGAAACUGGAUAGAGAUAGCCUAUGGGACCAGUAGUGGUGCAGUGAGAGUGAUUGUGCAACACCCAGAGACUGUGGGGUCAGGCCCCCAGCUCUUCCAGACGUUCACCGUGCACAGGAGCCCUGUGACGAAGAUAAUGUUGUCUGAGAAACAUCUGGUAUCAGUGUGUGCGGAUAACAACCACGUUCGGACGUGGACGGUGACCCGGUUCAGAGGGAUGAUCUCCACCCAGCCGGGCUCCACUCCUCUGGCCUCCUUCAAAAUACUGUCCCUAGAGGAAACAGAGAGCCACGGGAGCUAUUGUUCAGGGAAUGAUAUAGGUCCAUUUGGAGAGAGAGACGAUCAGCAGGUUUUCAUCCAGAAGGUCAUCCCCAUCACCAACAAACUGUUUGUCAGGCUCUCAUCUACUGGAAAAAGAAUCUGUGAGGUGCAGUCAGUGGAUGGGACCACCAUCUCUUGCUUCAUGGUACGGGAGUGUGAGGGUUCCAGCCGGAUGGGGUCCCGACCUCGACGUUACCUGUUCACUGGCCACGGCAACGGCAGCAUCCAAAUGUGGGACCUGACGACUGCUAUGGACACCGCUAACAAAGGAGAGGAGAGGAAGAAAGAUGAUGUUGGCGGACCUACAGAGGAGGAAUUGUUGCAGCUUUUGGACCAGUGCGACCUGAGCACCUCCCGCUGUGCCACGCCAAACAUUAGCCCCGCCCCCUCUGUGCUUCACCACACACGCCUCCGAGAAUCCUGCUCCAGUCUCCAGCUACAGGCCCAGGAGCCCAUUCCCGAGAGCCAGGCAACUUAUGGAGCUGUGCGACCCUACAGAGAGAGUCCCCUGCUGGCCCGUGCCCGACGAACUGAGUCCUUCCACAGCUACCGAGACUUCCAGAACUUCAGCCUUAGUCGAGGUAUCUUGGACAGCACAGGUCAGACAUCCACACAGGGUUCCAGCCAGACCCUCGAUGCCCGCCGUUCACUCUGUGACUUUGGGCCCGAGGACAGCGAGAGGAGGGCCUCAGCCAUGGAGCUCUGGGCUUGCCGAAGCAUCGGUGCAAGCUCUAACAACAACGUCGGAGCUUUGACUACUGCUGGUGUUCACGGACCGAAGGCAGAAGGCAGCCAAGAGCCUCCACGGCAACCCCCCGACAGCCCGAUCCCUGGAGGUGACGUCAGGCGAAAAGUGCACCCGCAGCCAGAGGAGGGAGAGGGUGUGGGACCCGGGGGAGACGGAAUGAAGGCAGAGGGAGGUGUGAGGAAGAGGGGAGUACUAGAAGGAGGCUUUCUGGGGAGGAAGAGGGCUCCCCCUGUCCCUCACCUAACCUCCGUCCCCUCUGGAUCGGAAGGGGGUGGCAGCGACUCCUCUUCCACCGCCUCUCCCUCCCCAACCAAACUGGCCUCCUCCACCUCGCCACGACACAGGAAACUCCCCUCUGACUCAUCCAAUCAGGACAGCAGCCUGUGACUUUGCAGCGUGCUCACCCGUUUUCUUUUGAUCCCAUCAGCGGAAUCAUCUCAGAGAGACGUCCUCUAGGUGCAGGUAUUCAAGGGUGUGUUGUUACUGCCUGUUUUGCUGAAGCACAAAGUGUCCAUUCACUCAAAGAAUCCAUUAUCUCAUCAAGAUUUGUCAAAAGGAAAAAAAAAAAAUCUAUCAGUAAAUCUAAAAAUCACAGCUUGGAAAUGGAAGUAAACAAAGGCACACCUUGUUCUUUUAUCAGAUAGUGUUUUCAGUGACUGUUCUUCUGGUAGGAAUGACUUGACUUAAACCAUUCAAGCUCAUAAGAAACAUCCACAUUUAAACUGAAUUCACGUAUAAUAGCUCCAUAUAGAUUUGUGAAAUGGGCCAGGCCCCUUUUUAAACACAGAAUUCAUGAUGAUAUCAAGCGGCUCUGACAGUAUGUGCAAUCUGUCGCUCUUUGACUGACCUUAAACAUGUAACCCUCGCCAGACUCCUGGCAGCUACUUGAAUCCUAAUCUGUACUUUGCUGCAGCCAGAGACACGGUGGUUAUUGUUGCUCAAGCAGUGACACUAAAAGCUAAAAGUCAGCAAGCAGUAAAGUCAGUAAACAGCAGUAAAACUUUUCUGGGUUUGUUGUUCAACAGCUCAACGACAACUAUGCAACAGUGGAGUUAAGAUGCACAACAGACACUAACACGCUUCAGGAUUGCCGUAUCUCAGCCUGCAAGAACAGUGAAUCAUCAUGUGAAUGUGUGCCUGCUUUUCACUGCAGCUGCAUGUUUAAAAUCUUACUUCAUUAGUUACAGGCCAAUUGAGUUAUUCAUUUAUUCUCUUAUACUAAUAAUAGAACAGCCUCCUUGCUCCUCAGAAAAAGGCACAAAAAUCGGACCUGUUGUCAGCGACACGACAUGCAGUGAAUUCCACCACACAAGUUGAGGCAUUUUCAUAAAACGUGUUUAAUGUGAAUUUGAAUUUGAGAGAAGUUUUAAGCUUUUUUUUUUUUUCUCAGAGACAUUAGAAAGCUCACUAAUUCACACCAACAGUGACAACAGAUCACUUUAAUCUACAGCACAUUCACACAGGAACAGAACUUGUUUUUAAUGGUAGAAAGAAGUUUUCUAUUCAGACAGUUAUAAAAAAAUCACAAUUGUGUUAAAAAAGCAAUUUGUGCUCCUGUUUAAAUCCAGUCUGGUUUGUUUUUCACGGUGGUGCCUGUGCAAGAUCACACUAACUAUAAUUUAUUUUUUUACAGUAUCACAAUAUCACUACGCUCAACUCGAAACCAAGUACCUACACUGCGUUAUUUUACUUAUCGUCCUUUCUAAUGUGUCUGGUUUUGUUUUGGAUGACUGUUGCAGUGCCUUAUUUAACUUGUUUGACGGUUAUCAACCUGUUUGUGUGUUUUUAAAGAAAAGGAUUCUGACCAAAGGCUCGUGAAGAUUGAGCUCGUUGUGGAGCGGACCUCUUAUAAGACAGAUUUAUAUCAGGCCAAAUUAGAUUUCAUGACUGUGUGGCAGAUUGAUGAGUGGUCGCUUGAAAUGAUAGGCAGUAGACAUGAAAUGAUGAAUAUCUAUUGUGAAUUGUAAAUAGUAGACUAUAACUGGAAAGUCCAUCCUUUUUCCCAACAACUUGAGAACUCUUACCUGUAGCUUCUCUCUACAGUAGUUUGAGGUGAAUCAACACAGUUGCUGCCGAGCAUGUAGACAUAAAACAUGAGUGUAACCUAUGUAAUAAACAUUAUAUAGUUGUGAAGACCUAAAAAGAUUGGACAGCUAAAAGUAAAAUGGCAACCUUCAGUUUGUGAGCUAAACCUGCUUCUUAACUAUUGGAACCUACCAAAUCCGCUGCGAGAUUUCCAAGAGCUGUUUAAGGAAAACCAGGCCAGCGCUUGAUCUACGGUACUUUUUCAGAACCAUUUUGGUGACACCGUGCUGUAAAAAUGAGUGUGACAGAAAUAGAUUACAGGUAAACACAAAGGCUGUCCUGAAAUGUUAAUUAUCAUUUGCCAAAUGCAGCAGCUAUGUAACAUAUCUUAAGUGUUUUUUUAGCACAUUGCUUAUCGUUUCAAAAAGAUAACUGACCACGUGGUCCCUGCCUGUACAGAGAUGUAAAUUUUGAUACCCCAAUUAACUGUACGGAAAGUAGACAUACAUACUCAAAACAAAAUCCUAUUAUGGAUGCAUUGAUGUCUGUGAUGCUUUGUUGAUACUUACACUGUUGUCCAUUACAUAUUGUUGAUAAUCAUAUAAGGCCUAUGUUGAUGCUAUUGGACCUAACUGCAAUUGCACUUGCACUAUUAAGACUAAUAUUAUUAAGUAACUUGCUAAUGUUUAUUUUAUACAAAACAAUAUAAAAUCUAAAUUGUAUUUAGGCACAUACAGUCUGUCUGUCCAUAUCUGUUAUUCGUCAUUCAGUUCCUCUCUGGCUACGUUUACAUUAUAGUCCAGCCAGACGCUGAUGUGAGCAAAAAGGAAUACAUAUCUGUUUGUUUAAACUGCUCUGCACAUCAUUGUUUUACUUUGUGUAUGUUAGAAAUGCUGCAUUAUGUUGUAAUAUUAUUUACAGUUGCCUACAGUACUGACCCAUGAUCAAACAUGUCAACUCUUUCAAUGUUCAAGCAAUUUAAAGUGCAUUCACUAAAACCUCUUCGAACUUUUUUUCUUUCUUUGACACUCAUAAGGUUAAGAGAGGUAAACUGACAGUCAUGCAUUGUCAUUUUUCCAUGCAGACACUGUCUAUAUGUAGAAAAGAGCAAACACUCAGCUCAUUACAAAGAAAAUGCUUUGACUCUGUAUUAUUACUAAGCUUUAAUCAGGAGUAGCAGUUUGCAGACAGGAAUUUUAUUUAUUUUGGUUUUUCUUUUUAUUGUAACAAACAUUGUUAGAUUGUUUCGGGACCAUUAACUUCACUCCAGGCAAAUAUCAUAAACAGACCGAGAGUAAUUGAAAACAUUUCAGAAAUGAUUUGGGAGCUGAGAUGUGUGAAUGUUUGGAAAUGAUGACAAGCUGGUUUCACACAAACCAUCAGUGCUCAGUGUUAAUAUCUUCUUUGAUCUGCAAUUCACCUUUAAAACCGGACUCAGCAAGAGGAAAAAACAGACUGAAAGAAAGGCUGCCAGUCAUCGCUGGGUUUUUAAGCACAUGGUUUGUGUGGAUAACUUGCCAAAGUGCACAAUUUCUGUUUUGUUUGUGCGUCACAGAGGUGUGUGUGUGUGUGUUUCUCCCGAGUGCUUUCAUUUCACUAACCUUCCCAUUCAGACAGUCUCCUCUCUGAGACGCCGUCUGUUGUCAUUGUGAUUUAUGAGUUUAAUAAAACCCUGUGUGUGUGUGUGUGUGUGUGUGUGUGUGUGUGUGUGUGUAGCUCAGGGCCAUACUGUCCCUUACAAUCACUCCACAAGCUCUCUUUUCACAACCCCUCCCUCCCUCCAUGGCUGACAGUAGCUGUGAAUGUGGCUGUGAAUGUUUUAGAAGUGCCCUUGUCAGACUGGUGUCCUUGAACGAGGGCACUGUUGUUACUGCCAGUUUGUUAAUUUCAAACUUGCCUUGAUGUCCCCUUAAGGGACACAGGAGCAAAACUAAAUUACUGCUGCAUAGUUUUGAUGGAGAUACCGGCCCUCUCUGUGUACGUGCUGGUGUGUGUGUGUGUGUGUGACUGUGUAAGUAAGUCUUUGUACAGCUGAUGGCACAUCUGUGUUUCACUAACUCAGCAAAACAGUCCUAAAAUGACACUUCAUCUUCAGUUAGACCAUCACGACCAGUCUGAGUUCUUGUCAGGAAGAAAGUUUGAUACAAGAGUUUCAUUUAGUUAAAUUCAGCCGAAUCUUUAUAAGUAAUAACAUGUUGCUUGAUGCACCAUUUAUGCAGCUUCUCUAAAUUUUCGUGUUAUUAUAACAGAAGUCGUCUUUUUCUCAGUUGUGUUCCCCGUGUGUUUCUCACUCUUGUACACACACACACACACACGCAAAUCAUUAAACUGUACGUGCAAACUG